AUUCUACCCUUACGGAUAGCAUCCGAACAUAACACAUAGUAUAGUAGCCUGGAAACCACUGCAAGUUCGUCCAAUAUUUGCGUGCGCCUGAGCUUCGCAUUCUUCACGGUCCGGUCAUACAUCUCUGACCCAGCAACCAAUAGCUGCUAAACAAUACUUGCAUAUCUCGCAGUACACUAGAACGCAAAAUAGUAGAUAUGCCGUCGCUUUCGCCUCGAAUUCCCUUCCUCAGCACCAACCGCUCUUCAGCGCCUGCCAGGCCUCGGCCACUGGCACCUAACAGCUCUCCAUAUGUUACGAAAUGUGGUCGCCGUGUGAAAUCACGCGAGCACCAGCUGGGCCCUCUCCUGCACCAUCACCCGUCGAAGCUGUUUUCGUCACCCGGAGAGGAUUGCAAGCCGCUAAGGGCUGCCAUCUUGUCUGUCUUGGGAAAUACUACUCUUGGUCUUGCCGCUGCUAUCACCCUGGCAAACCUGUGUCCCGAGUCUAUCAGGAGCAUUUUCGACGCAGCUCAUGCGCAAUCGUCACAGCAGGACGCCAGCCAAGCCUCGCUUCCGAUACCUUACUCUGGCAGUCCUCAUCAGGUGGCCUUGUCCGCACCCUCCACCCUGUUCUCCUCCCCCAACACCGCUUCCACCUUCAGCUCCGCGGCGUCCCCUCCCACCACCUCCCCAGCCUCCGCCUCUGCCACCUCACCCCUCGUCGCUACCACCACCUCAACCAGCGCCUCCUACCUCCCCAGCAACCUCAACAUCCCAACCUCCCUGGACCAUUACUUCUCCAGCCUAACCGCCGCAGCCUCAGCCGGCAAGCUGCACGUCACGCUCUUCGUCUCCCAACCUGGAUGGCAACGCCACAGCGACAGCAUCCUGCGCAUGCUAGGGUCACAAGGCUGCGGGCCUGCCAGCCUCGCCUCAUUCGCCUUCGUUCCGUUGGGCCCUAACUACCUGCAGCGGGCUCGUACGGCGGCUGCUGUCAUGCAACGGGAGCAGGGUGGCCUGCACGACAACCGGCUGUCGUACAUGGCGGGAAAGUACGGCAUGGAUGUUGUGUUGGCAACGGGCAUUGCGGCGCUGGCUGGUGCCGGUUGUGGAGGCGUGAUGGACACUUGCCCGUUCAUGCUGAUGUACGACAACACUGGGCUGCGGGCUACGAGAUCUGCAGGCGCCGCUGCGGGUACUGCCGCUGGAGUUGCUGGGAGCGACGGCGGCGAUGAUGGGGCGUCGUACGGCGGUGACGGUGUGUCGUACAGCGAUGCGAGGUGCUGGACGGUGUCGCCUGCUUGGCGCAUGCGGCAGGAUCUGGACGAGCAUGUACGGCGGCGCCUUGCGAUCCUCGCAUUGGCACCAGCAGCAGCAGCGGCACUGCCACAAUCGCUUUUUGUGUACGGCAGUAAUGGGCAGCUAAAGCAGCGGCAGCAGCUGCUGUACGGCAGGGAUGGCGUCGGCGAAGGUGCUGAGGCGGCGACUACCGUGGUCGCGCGUGAAGCGGCUUUUGCGAGUGCAUGGUAGUUGCAUGCUCGCUCCUCGCGACGAGGUGCAACGAGAGACGCAUCUGGUUGGCUUGGGUGCGGACGCAGGUGAUAGAUGGUGCAAAGCAUUGGCAUGUUUUGACCCAUGGGUCACUAAUGAAUAGGCAGGUACGCGAUAGGUAGUGCCCUCAGUUUGCUGCGUGCUGCUGUCUUAAAGACUGUUAUAUGAUGCUGCUGGUCAUUAGGCGGUAUCGUGUUUGCGGUGCGAACCUUUUGCACUAUAUACAUAUAGGCGCACCAAAUAGUUUUGUCAUUGGCAUAGCAACCAUUGCAACCGCAUAUCAGGGCUGUCGCCCUUGGCAUGUCAGGCCUUGCAACAUGGGCAUCGCGUCGUGCGGUGACUCGAUACUGUAUCGCGUGGCGGGGUGACUUUUGACGUACAUAACACAUACAUAUGGAGGUGGUAAGAUGGAGGUCGACCUUCAUCGUACAGGAGAAGUCGUUGGGCUAUCUAAUACUUUGCCUACACGUUUUUGUCUGUUUGGUUUUUGACGGAGCAAGCUUUAGGUUUUUUUGCUCCGUCAAAAGAGGUUGCGUGAUUUAGUUCGUGAGCACGCAUGUGCCUAGCUACCUAGCUCCCAGGGACAACACGUUCGGGCGUGAAUAUCGAGAUCUAGCAAAAACACAACCUUUUUGUGUGCUGGGCGGGCGGUUUCCAAGACAAAACAGAACCCAGUUUGGAAGCUCCGUCAUGUCUGGCCUUAUUGUACAAAUACAUCACUGCAUUAAAGCGGUGCUACAUAUACAGACAUGCACCAAGGGGCAACCCUUGGAGAGCUGCAGUCUCUUGUGCGUGUUCUCUCUGUUUCAUUUCCCCUCGUUGGACCUUCCCCGUUGAUUGGGGCAGCCAAACUACAAGUGCACGUUUCUUUGUAUUUCGUUGUAACUAGAGUUUUGGUCGUGGGGCAACUGUGAUCAGGAUAGGACAAGGAGCCCAUUUGCGCAUUCCCCAGCUGUAUAGUUGAAGUUGGCUGGUUGUGUACUGCUUGUUGAAGGGACUUGGGCUUCUCUUACUUGGUGUGGCGGAGUUUGGCGUGCCGUUGCCGAGGGCCUCUUAUUCGUCCUGGCAUGCUUUGUUGUGGUACGACAGAUGAGGCAUGGGUAGUGGUACGACAGAACGGCGGUAAUUAUAGUUGUAUGACAUGCUGUUGUGCGUUAUCGUGCGAGAUCCAUUGCAGUUUGGAUGCACGUUUGGUAAUUUGCGUCAUCAUGGAUGUUCUUGUAGUAUUGGCGCUCACUCCGCGGUGCUGCCUUAGCUGUAUCGUUUUUGGUCAAAUCGUGUACCGGUAGUAUCACGGGGGAAAUUGUGCACAUCUUGGAAGGCUACAUUUCUAUGCGCAUGCCAAACAAGCAGGAGGGGCAACUGCAGCUGUUUACCUGGUGUAGGGUAUCUUGACCCUACACUAACCUCCUGUCCGAAUCAUGUCAUGCGUCAGUGCUGUGUGUAAUACCUAUUUGUAAGUUCCCGUCGGCAG